AUGCCUGAUCCUGGUCCGCUAUAUUAUUUAGAUCUUAUUUUCACAUUUUAUGCGACAGAGAACUUACCCAUAUGGGCUUCAAGUCUUGAGACCUUGGCCGCACAUUUUGGUAAAGGAAUGGCCUGCGUUAGUGAAUACGGAAAUGAAGUGGUUUUGACAUAUUAUGAAAGCCAAGAACAGCUGUUGAUAGCAGAGCUGGAACAGUUUUCGGGGAUCUCAGGAUACAACUACUAUGUCGCACAGAAUGUCGAUGGUGUUCCCAAACAGACAGCAGGUGUGGAUUUGGCAAAUGCCGACGUCCAGGUUUUCGCCUUUGAAUUUACUGACAUAGCGCAUGCGUGCAGUGUCAUCAACGCCGCAUGCGAUUCAAGUAUAUGUGGUUCGGAUUCUUCAAGCUCUGGCUCUGGCUCUGGCUCUGGCUCUGGAUCAGGCUUUUCUGGUUCUAGUUCUGGUUCUUCUGGCUCUGGUUCUUCUGGCUCGGGAUCCUCCGGCUCUGGCUCUGCCUCUGGCUCAGGAUCUUCUGGCUCGGGAUCCUCCGGCUCUAAUUCAGCUUCAGCUCCGGGAUCUUCGGCGGCCCCACCAGCCGCAGCAUCAUCUUCGAGCCCCGCAAGUGGUUCAGGAUCUUCUGGCUCUGGUUCAGGAUCUUCUGGCUCUGGCUCUUCUGGCUCUGGCUCAGCUUCUGCCUCUGCCUCAGGACCUUCUGGUUCUAGUUCUGGUUCUUCUGGCUCCGGGUCUUCUGGCUCGGGAUCCUCCGGCUCUAAUUCAGCUUCAGCUCCAGGAUCUUCAGCGGCUGCACCAGCCGCAGCUUCAUCUUCGAGCCCCGCAAGUGGCUCUGGAUCUUCCGGCUCAAAUCCAGCUCCAGUCCCAAUGUCUUCAGCGUCCGCAUCAGCAUCAGCCCCGUUUUCGGCCUCUGCUGCUGCUUCUCCCAUAGCAUCUUUCCAGUCAGUGGGCUAUUUCAACAGCAGUCAGGUCCUUUCAGGAUCUGCCCCAGGAUCUGCUUCAGCAUCUGUUCCUUCUUCGAGCCCACCCUCAGUUUCAGUUACAAAGUCUGGUGUAUCUCAUGGCUCAGCAACCACACCAGCAUCAUACUCAGCUUUGCCCCCUGCCUCUCUAAUUCCUGCUUUCAUUGAGAGUAGAGCGAGUUCAAUUCAGUCUGAGUUUGCUUCUAAAAUCGGCACUAAUUCUCGUUCCUGGACUAAUUUUCUCGGCGCGCAAGCGACUACUGUUACUGAGGAGAAUCCGUUAUCGACUACCGUGGUCACUGUGACGUCCUGUGCAGAUAACAAAUGCUCAGAAAGUGCAGUCACAACUGGCGUUAUUACCGUUAACGAUAUUACCACAAAGUAUACAAUUUACUGCCCAUUGAGUGGCAAGCCAUUUUUGCCCACUGAUAUCGCUGGUAUGAGCUCGUAUCGGGCAGAAUUUUCGAGCUGGCUAACCAACGGUCCGGCUAGUACCAAAAAUGAGGUCUCAACUACUUCGUCAGUCUCUACGAUGGAGACCGCCAUGCCGUCCGCUCUAUCUACCGGCUUAAAAGGAACUUCAGCAGGUACAGCGAAUAAUGCUGGCGUGCCAGCCACUCAGACUGAAUCUAGUUCUGCGAAUAUGAUUUCUUCGACCUCAGCUACUGGUUCCUCGUACUCUCUCGCAUCAUACACGGGAAAUUUUGGGGGCAAAGUUGUCGUUUCGAAGGCUUCUUUCUUGGCGGCCGCUGCACUACUGAUCUUGUGA